AUGUCGGUGACACCGGGAGUGCCUCAAAGAAAAAUGACGGCCUUUGAAGUGAAUGGCAUAGGCGGCUCAAGUGUACAAGUGCGGGUGCCAAAUGUGAUCGCUAUGGUGGGGCUGCCGGCACGUGGAAAAACGUACAUUUCACACAAGCUCUGUCGUUAUCUGAAUUGGAUUGGCAUCAAAACGAAAGCGUUCAACGUCGGUGAGUACCGAAGAAGAGCUUGCGCAUCGGUGAAAGAAGGCGAUUUCGAGUUUUUCAGUCCGUAUAACAUCAGAGGAACUAAGAUCAGAGAGUAA